UCCUUACACCAUCUACUAAUGCACAGGAACAAAAAAAUGUAUGGGGUUUCCAUCUCUUUGCUUCUUAUCAACCUGGCAGCUAUAAUGGAACGCGCCGAUGAGAAUCUCCUACCGUCGGUUUACAAGGAAGUCAGCGAAGCUUUCAACGCCAGCCCAUCUGAUCUAGGAUAUCUUACAUUCAUAAGGAACUUUGUGCAGGGAUUAUGUUCACCCUUGGCAGGAAUUCUAGUUCUUAAAUACGACCGUCCUAAAGUUCUUGCGAUGGGGACGUUUUGUUGGGCCCUUUCAACCGCUGCAGUCGGUAUCAGUCUCGAGUUUAAGCAAGUUGCAUUCUGGAGAGCCCUGAAUGGCUUUGGCUUGGCUAUUGUGAUUCCAGCACUCCAAUCUUUCAUUGCUGAUAGCUACAUGGACGGUGUUCGGGGAAUGGGAUUCGGCUUGUUAAGCCUCAUCGGUUCGCUGGGAGGCAUUGGAGGUGGUGUCCUUGCAACCGUUAUGGCUGGUCAACAGUAUUUCGGCAUACAAGGAUGGCGCUGUGCCUUCAUUCUGAUGGCUACAUUGAGUGCAAUAAUCGGUAUCCUUGUUUACAUGUUUGUGGUUGAUCCUAGAAAAACAAUUAGCAACAUUCAGGACAGUUCAGAUAGGUACCGCCUGAGGGAUAGUUUGAUAAACCGAACCUCGUCUAAUUCAUCGUCGAUAUGGUUCGAGUCUUGGAAUGCUAUGAAAGCCGUUAUGAAAGUGCGUACAUUUCAAGUCAUUGUCCUGCAGGGGAUAGUUGGAUCACUGCCUUGGACAGCCAUGGUGUUCUUCACUAUGUGGUUUGAAUUGAUCGGUUUCAGUCAUAACAGUACUGCAGUUCUACUUAGUCUUUUUGCAGUGGGGUGUGCAUUGGGGUCUCUCAUGGGCGGUUUAAUUGCGGAUAGGUUGUCAAAGAUCUAUCCUCAUUCUGGCAGAAUCAUGUGUGCUCAAUUCAGUGCUAGUAUGGGCAUACCAUUCUCAUUAUUCCUCCUCCGAGUCGUUCCGCAGUCUAUCGAUAGCUAUCUCGUCUUCGCCGUUACUCUCUUAUUGAUGGGCUUAACCAUCAGCUGGAAUGGCACUGCUGUCAAUGCUCCCAUUUUCGCCGAGGUUGUCCCAAUGAAACACCGAACCAUGAUAUAUGCGUUUGACCGUGCGUUUGAAGGUUCGUUUUCAUCGUUUGCUGCUCCUCUGGUUGGUAUUCUCUCGGAGAAAAUGUUCGGUUACGACAACGCAGCUAUAGGUUCGUUACCGAAGGCUCUUGCAUUGUCGAAGGGACUUCUUGCAAUGAUGGUAGUUCCUUUCGGGGUUUGUUGUUUGUUCUACACGCCAUUGUAUAUAUAUUUCAGGCUUGACCGCGAAAAUGCUCAAAUGCAGAGUUCUAAAGGUACUAAACUCAUUGAUGACCUUUAAGGAACGGUCUGAGAUCUCACAUCGGUUGGGGAGGAGAACGAAACAUUCUUUAUAAGGGUGUGGAAACCUCUCCCUCGUAGACGCGUUUUAAAAUCCUUGAGGGAAAUCUCGAAAGGAAAAACCUAAAGAGGAUAGUAUCUGCUAGCGAUGGACUUGAGCCGUUAUAAAUAGGGUAGGAAUGUAGUGUAAUUCCACUGCCAUUAUAGUUUCUUUUUCCCUUUGAAGCUCAUUCUUUUUUCCUUUUAGAAUGCUCUGCAUAUGAACAUGACUUAACAUUUCAGGAUAAAUUGGGCAUUUUGUUGAGAACCAUGAAGGAUUAGAGACUUAACUGUGCCUUCAUUC